AUGGCUACCACGUCCCUCUGCCACGAGGAACGUAUGGCAGCAGCGGCGGCUCCCGACAAGUCCUGCAUCGUCCAACAUCCGACUGUAUCCUCCCCACAGUGGCUCGUAAUAAGGCUUACUCCAGAGGUUCUUACCGACGAUAGUGGGGAGGCUGCUCGAGGGGGGAAGUUCCAAAUCAAUUUAUCGUGGCGGGAGAAGACUCCAAUACGCAAGGUAUUCACCUUCCUACGAAGGUCUAUCACCGUGACGACACCAUUGAGCCAACAGUUGUAUCUGCGAUGGGAUGGUCAUAUUAUGGCCACUGAAGCAGACCACCACCACACUGAAAUGGCCCUUCAGGACACCCUUGCUGGGGAGUUUGCCAAAUCCGUAGCGACACCUGUUGGGAAGGCAGCGGCUUCCCCUGGUAUUAAGGAUAGCGCUGUUAUCUGUAUGAUAUCAUAUGGGUAUAUGAACAAGUUGAGUAAUGCAGCUGUCCAGACUACUGAGUAUACGACUAGGUCUGUGGCGACCGGAGGGGUUAUCUCGGCAUCUACUCUCAACAAGUCUACCAUGACCUCGGGGAGGAAGCGGAGCAAUGUAGGGGUCCAAGUAGAGGGGGAUAGCCAUGAGGUCUCGGCCCAAUCACAGUCUGUGGAUGAGCAUAGCUCCAAUAAGAAGGCUGGAGGGAAGAGGAAGAAGAGCGAUGUUGAUAGUGUGCAAGCUGAUGAGGUCCUGCAUAAACGUAAGCGACGGUCAAAGAAGGCAAAUACCAAAGGGGUGAAGAAGAGGCAUAAGCCUGAAGAGAGCGGCUCUGACCCCAUAGUGGAGUUGCCUGAAGCUGGUCAUGGGGCUACAGAGGAACCUGUCGAGGACCAUGAGAUAAACGCUUGUAGAGGACCUUCCUCUUGCAAGGGACAGUCGGGGUCAUUGACACCGGCUCGUCAAGAGGGAAUACCAACAUCUGACCAGAGCUGUGGCCAACUAUCUUCGGAUGAUGGUGUCACGACGAGGAAAGACGGGUUAAUAGAUACCACUCCUGGACCAUCUUAUGCUACAACAGAGCAGGAGACCGUCGAUGUUAAUAGUCAUGAACAGGCAGUACUACAGGAAAAGAAAGGAGUUACAAUGCUCCGAACUAGUAUUGCCUUGAGUAGUCUAAUAGCACAUAUCCCCGAGGAUGAUCCGAUAGAGGUUGAUUAUGGCGAUGAUACCUCAACCCUUGGCCUCGGUGGUGAUGGUGAUGAUGAUGAUAGUGCAUCGAUAAUAUUCGAGGAGCCACCUGAUGGGGACCUCUUCGAUGAUGUUGUUGAUGAUGAUGCGCUAGAAGAGGAGCACGAGGAGGGUGGACUGAAGCGUCCACCAGUAAUCCUACGGCCUAAGCCCAGGCCGCUGUCCCUGUCCAGUAUAAUCAGUGAUUGUAUGCCCUUAGAGGACAGUGACAGGGCUAAGAUGGAGGGUUCACCGCCUAUCUCUGCCAGUGAUCUAGAAGGAGUGGUUAUCACUCCUUCAGAGCAUCCUCCUCUCAGCACGCAUGCUACACCCAACGAUUGUCCUGAUAAUGGGACGCCGCCACCUGGGAAAGGCGAGGCAACGAAAUCCACACAGGCCAAGCAUCACCACAAGCAUCGGCGGAGGAAGCGACGGGAUGAGCAUGCUGAGGAGUCCCCGGAAGCCACCCACGAGUUCUGCUGUAUGGAAGAUUCACAUGAGAGGCUGCAUCCUCGAUCCGAUGUCUCGGCAGGGCUGAUGAACGAUAGCUAUUCCAAGACCGGCCGGAAGUAUCUCCGUGUUCGAGCAUCUGUCCUAUGUAAGGAGAUGAACACUUCUUGUCAAUAG